GUUAAAUCACAAACCGAGGCUGUUCAAGAGCCAAACAUUCUAAUAUUACACAGGAUCUGAGGCUGGCUUAUGCAAAACAACCAUUCUUCUUCCUCCUCCUCCUCCUCUUCUUCAUUUUAUCAAGAAAAUUCUAAUCUUGAAAAAUUGAUUGGUCUUGUUCCAGGCUGUGUUCCACAAACUAUGUCAUCUUUUCUUUUAGGUGAUGCCGAAUCAAACCUCUGUCUCUGAAUUUUUCCUCCUGGGAGUGACAGACAUACAGGAACCACAACCCUUUCUCUUUGCUGUCUUCAUCACCAUCUACUUUGUCAAUAUAACUGGGAAUGGAGCCAUCCUGAUGAUCAUCAUUUCGGAUCCAAGACUCCACUCACCUAUGUAUUUCUUCCUGGGAAAUCUAGCAUGUCUAGAUAUCUGCUACUCCACCGUGACAGUGCCGAAGAUGUUGGAGAACUUCCUCUCCACAAGCAAAGCAAUUUCCUUUCUGGGAUGCAUAACUCAGCUUCAUUUCUUCCACUUUCUGGGCACCACAGAGUCCCUGCUGCUGGCAGUGAUGGCAUUUGAUCGCUUUGUGGCAAUCUGUAAACCACUUCACUAUUCGGUCAUCAUGAAAAACCAGCUCUGUAUCCUAAUGGCUGUCAUCAUCUGGACCAUUGCUUUUCUCCAUGCUCUGCUUCACUCUGUAAUGACAUCUCAUUUGAGUUUCUGUGGUUCGAAUCAUAUCCAUCAUUUCUUCUGUGAUGUUAAGCCAUUGCUGGAAUUGGCCUGUGGAGACACCAAGCUCAACCUUUGGCUGCUCAACACUGUAACAGGCACCAUUGCCUCAGUCCCCUUUUUUCUGACGUUUCUCUCCUAUUUCUAUAUUAUCACAUAUCUUUUCCUCAAAACCCGUUCUUGCAGCAUGCUUCACAAAGCACUGUCCACUUGUGCUUCUCACUUCAUGGUUGUUAUUCUUUUCUAUGCUCCUGUUAUCUUCACCUACAUCCGUCCCUCCUCAGGCAGCUCUCUGGAUCAGGACCGGGUCAUUGCCAUCAUGUACAGUGUAGUCACUCCUGCUCUCAAUCCACUCAUCUACACCUUGAGAAACAAGGAAGUGAGGGGUGCAUUGAAUAGGAAGAUGAGAAGAUGGCUCCAACUUGAAGAGAUCUAAAGAACUCUUCUGAGGCAUAAAUAACCAGGCAAUGAGAAAUUAAGAUAUAUUCUUAUGUAUAAUAGAUGGACACAUAUAUAACUGAACAAGUUGAGUAAUGGAAAAUAUAUGGGAAAAUAUGAUCUAGUGGUAUUAAACUAUUAAAGCAAGGGAAACUUGAACUUGUGGAACUCUAAUCAUAGAAUCUGGUUCCUAAAUUUGCUUUUGGCAUAUUUGUCGGUAACUUUGACUUGUGACAUACUCUAAUGUGACUGGUUAUAGAAAUAUGUGUAUACUACCUGUGUUUAGGAUAAAUUAUUAGUACUUAUGACUAUUUAUCUGUCAACACAUAUUAGUUUGAUGAUUAUCAUUAUGUUUUCUUAUUUUGAGGAAUUAUUGAAACUAUGGUUACUCAGCUGGAAAAGUUAGUUGCAAAUCACAAAUGAGCUACAGAAAAAUUUCAGAGGCAAAACAUUUCUUUUAAUCCUGAUCCUGAUUCUGUUAAUAUUAGAAGUUUUAGGGUCGGUGGGUAAGGUUUUAUUUUUAAAAUUUUAUUAUUUAUUAUUGUUUUUGAGGCAACUUCUCCUGUAGCCUGGGCUGGCCUUGAAUUCCUUAUGUUCUUGCUUCUACCUCUCAAUUGCUGGGCUUAUAGGUGUGUACUACCACAUCCUGCUUUAUAAACAAUUUGGACAAUAUAUUUUACCAAGUCAACAUAUCAAAUAUAUAUAUAUGUAUAUGUAUAUAUAUGUAUAUAUCAUAAGGAUGUUGAGAUAUUUUACAUCUGACUGUUUAAA